CCGCCCCCUCCCUUUCCCUUUACCCCCUCCCCUCUCCUCCUUCUCGUCCUCCUCCUCCUCCUUCUUCUCCUCCUCCUCCUCCUCCUCUCAGGCUGUGGUUUUUCUGUAUAUGUUUCUGGAGUCCUGAGCCUGAGCUAAACAAAAGCAGGAGGCUGACGGGGUUGCUGGAGUUUGCAGAGACACGGAGGAGGAGAGAGCCUGUGCUUUGCCUGCCGCCGCGGCUGGGGGAGAUCUGGCUUUUGCAACAGCCCACCCCCUUUGAGAUCACUCUGGCCCGGAGUGGGGGUGGGGGGCAGCGGGGGGUGGGGGGGGAAAGUUUGCAUUGCAAUCCCCCUGCCUUCCUCUCCUUUCUCCCGAUCAAUGCAUAUUUGCAAAAGGAUUAAGCCACAGAUUUAAGCGCCGGGAGCCCAUUUCUGCCUUGCAAAGGAGACCGGACUGAAAAACCCAAAGCCAGCUCUGAUUUCUUUUCGCCAAGUGGGAAGGAUUUGAAGACAAGCUUGAAGGAUAAAAAGCCUUGGUGCUUCCCAGGAGCCGAGCCGAGGAGCAGAAGAGGAAGAGCCGGGGGCUGCCGUAGCCUUUGGAGAUGGACGAGCAGCCCAGGCUGAUGCAUUCCCAUGCUGGGGUCGGGAUGGCCGGACACCCCGGCCUGUCCCAGCACUUGCAGGAUGGGGCCGGAGGGACCGAGGGGGAGGGCGGGAGGAAGCAGGACAUUGGAGACAUUUUACAGCAAAUUAUGACCAUCACAGACCAGAGUUUGGAUGAGGCGCAGGCCAGAAAACAUGCUUUAAACUGCCACAGAAUGAAGCCUGCCUUGUUUAAUGUGUUGUGUGAAAUCAAAGAAAAAACAGUUUUGAGUAUCCGAGGAGCCCAGGAGGAGGAGCCCACAGACCCCCAGCUGAUGCGGCUGGACAACAUGCUGUUAGCGGAAGGCGUGGCGGGGCCUGAGAAGGGAGGAGGGUCGGCGGCGGCGGCGGCAGCGGCGGCGGCUUCUGGAGGGGCAGGUUCAGACAACUCAGUGGAACAUUCAGAUUACAGAGCCAAACUCUCACAGAUCAGACAAAUCUACCAUACGGAGCUGGAGAAAUACGAGCAGGCCUGCAACGAGUUCACCACCCACGUGAUGAAUCUCCUGCGAGAGCAAAGCCGGACCAGGCCCAUCUCCCCAAAGGAGAUUGAGCGGAUGGUCAGCAUCAUCCACCGCAAGUUCAGCUCCAUCCAGAUGCAGCUCAAGCAGAGCACGUGCGAGGCCGUGAUGAUCCUGCGUUCCCGAUUUCUAGAUGCGCGGCGGAAGAGACGGAAUUUCAACAAGCAAGCGACAGAAAUCCUGAAUGAAUAUUUCUAUUCCCAUCUCAGCAACCCUUACCCCAGUGAGGAAGCCAAAGAGGAGUUAGCCAAGAAGUGUGGCAUCACAGUCUCCCAGGUAUCAAACUGGUUUGGAAAUAAGCGAAUCCGGUACAAGAAGAACAUAGGUAAAUUUCAAGAGGAAGCCAAUAUUUAUGCUGCCAAAACAGCUGUCACUGCUACCAAUGUGUCAGCCCAUGGAAGCCAAGCUAACUCACCCUCAACUCCCAACUCAGCUGGUUCUUCCAGUUCUUUUAACAUGUCAAACUCUGGAGAUUUGUUCAUGAGCGUGCAGUCACUCAAUGGGGAUUCUUACCAAGGGGCCCAGGUUGGAGCCAACGUGCAAUCACAGGUGGAUACCCUUCGCCAUGUUAUCAGCCAGACAGGAGGAUACAGUGAUGGACUCGCAGCCAGUCAGAUGUACAGUCCGCAGGGCAUCAGUGCUAAUGGAGGUUGGCAGGAUGCUACUACCCCUUCAUCAGUGACCUCCCCUACAGAAGGCCCUGGCAGUGUUCACUCUGAUACCUCCAACUGAUCUCCCAGCAAUCGCAUCCCGGCUGACCCUGUGCCCCAGUUGGGGCAGGGGCAGGAGGGAGGGUUUCUCUCCCAACGCUGAAGCGGUCAGACUGGAGGUCGAAGCAAUCAGCAAACACAAUUAAGAGUCUCCUUCUCUUCUCUUCUUUGGGAUGCUAUUUCAGCCAAUCUGGACACUUCUUUAUACUCUCUUCCCUUUUUUUUUUUUCUGGGUAGAAGCCACCCUUCCCUGCCUCCAGCUGUCAGCCUGGUUUUCGUCAUCUUCCCUACCCCUGUGCCUCUGUCCUAGACUCCCGGGGUCCCCGUCCUCUCUCAUAUCACUGAGGGAUAUUUUCAACAAUUAGAUGAAUUUAAAGAGGAAAAAAAUUAACAAAGAAAAUAAUAAAAGUGUUUGUACGUUUUCAUGCUGGUGGUUUGAGGAGCCAAAUUUACCUCACUCGGAUCCCUGACUCCCUAUGUUAACAGGCAAUCCUUCUCUGUUUCUCUUAUUACUCUCACUACCUCUUAGCAGGAAUACGCCACAUUGCCCUCCUCAUUCCAGGCCUCCCUGCUUGCUCUUGCUUUUCCUCCCUGGGGACAGUACUGAUUGGAACACUUUCCUCCUCUUCCUUCCCAGUCCCAGCUAUUCACUGGGGACUGUCAUAGCUGGGAUUCUAAAGGUGCCACGUUUUUCAUUUUCAUCUCCGCUAAGUUGGUUCCCAGGCAGGAAGUCAGGCAGCAGGGAAGGACACGGGAACAGCAGGUGGAGAAUUCCUACAGUCUUUCUUAUCCUGCUAUCAACAGCUCUCAGUUUCAGAGGCACAGUCUUUGGAGACCAUUUAACACUCAGAAAGCAAUAUUUAGAACCUACUGCAAAACUGGGCCUGAGUUAGGCAUGGUGAUGAAUGCAUCAGUAAGGAGUAGAAAGUUCUUAUCUUGAAACCCUUCAACCUCAACUAUGCCUUCAUAGACACAUACAUUCAUGCACAUGUAGGCACAUGCACCAUCUCACAUCUUCACUUUCCCAAGAUGCCAUAUACGGUUACCUACAUUAAUAACCGUAGCACUAUACUUUAUGAGCCCGAGAGAGGGAAUUAGUGACUCUAAGUGAAGGUCACUGACAGAGAGAAGCAGUAUGUGUCUGUGGCUUCCAGGACCUGCAGGCCCACUAGCGUGCACUUACCAGAAUGGCAUACACAGGACCUGAUCUUGAGGAAGACCAGGUUUCCAGUGUAAACUACUCUUGUUCCCACCCUCUGGAGCACUCAGGGAGCCACAUACAGUACUUACAGUGUCUGUAAUGGACUUGGUUCUGUUUCGUUUUUUGUUUUAUAUUAGGUACACUGUAUUAAUUUUCCAAAAUGUUAUAGCACACUAUGUUCUUGGUCCUGACCUAUUGCUCUGGAGGAAAGAGUUGUAUAAGGACGUGGCUCAUGGGAACUUUUGCUAGCUUCAUUUGAGGACCUGAGAAUCAUGGGGAAAGGGAAGAUCAUGUUUUCAUUGAAAUCAUCACAGUGAGUUUUAUUCCCUGGGAACACAGCAUGUACUAAAAAUACAUGAGAAAAUAGCAUGUACAUGAAAGCUAUUCUCAAAAGUACCCUGAGCUCACCAUCUUCAUAGCCAACCCUACCAGCUAUAAAGAUAUAAAGAUGGCACCUGUAUCACUUGAUUAAGUGGGAGGUGGUCAAAUCUUUUGGUGCCUCAUUUUCUUCAUCGGUGAGAUGGGAACUGUUAUGCCUGGCUUACUAAGAGGCUUGUGAGAGACUGAAGAAGUUGAUUUUAUUCAUAUUCAAUCUGUAAAUGCGAAGUCAGGGGAAGUAAUGUCCCUGAAAUAAAUGGGUUCAUGCCAUCUAGGGACAAUAAAUGGUUUUCUUGUUGUAACUUAUGGUUAAUAUCAGUACCUUGAUGUCAUCGCCAUGAUGACAAAGAGAAGAGUUUUUGUUGAUCUUCUUGAUUUUGGUCUGUCUGGUUUCUUAGGAUAAAGAAAAACUUUCAAACUAGAAAAAUAGGCCCUGGUUCACUUCGUUUGCACUUGAACCAAAUAUGUUGCCUCGUACAUACUUGGUCCCUGUCACAUUGACUGCUUGGGAGGCUUCCAGGGAGAAGUAUGAGACCCUGAGGGGUGAGAAUGGGCAGCUAACAAGGACAUGGAAAUUCUGCAUGGCACUACAGUCAUGAAUAGAAAACACUCUCUGUGUGCUCAGGGGAGCAGGGGCUGCCUCUGAAGAAACUUGAGGGAAUACGUAUUUGAAGGAAAUGCAAAAGCUAAAUAUUUAGCAAAAUGAGAUUAUGCCUUGAUGACUAAAAGGCGCUAGAAAGGAUGUGUCUACUAACUUCUGCCCUAAUUAGAACAGACGCCUAGAAGGAGCAUUUUUGUGACAACUUCAUAGUGAUUAGAAUCAGUGGACAACUCCAUCUUAGUGGCAGGAAUAUAAUGAAAGUACCCACACAAGAACAUGGUUGAAUCACAUUUGCUUGACUUAGGGCAAAGUACGAAAGAGAGACGAAAGGGUUCUCUUGGAAACAAGAAGAGUGACUCCAGAUGUGGCUUGAAAUGAUUACCGUGUUAAGUUAAUGCAAAAUGUCAGAGCAGUGCUACGUUUGCACAGGCAGUUUCUCUCCGGGCAGUAGUUUGCACUGAUGAUCACCUUUCAGAGCAUUUUCCCCAAACAGCACUUCACUUAGUCUUCUCUACACCCAGCACCUCCCCCCUAGCACCCCCUGCAAGCCCACUAUCACUUCCGACAUCCAUCGUGGCAUCCGUGAGAUCUGUCUACAUUAGGCGAAGCAGGAGAGCACUGAGAGCAGCAGGAUGGGUUUGGAAAGAGCAUGCCUCUGGAAACACAGCUUCCUGGGAAUUUACAUUAGGCCAGUCCUACAGAUACCAAGAUGCACCCCAGGAUUUCUUCAUUUUCUAUUAGAUGUGGGAGUGCUCCAUUUUCCCCGACAGCGAAUUUCCCCUGAGAAAUGAUACUAGACCCUGGGUUUGCCCACCUUGUAACUCUUCAUUAUCUCCUCCUUUUCAUCCCUAAUUCCUCCUCCCCCUGGCGUGGAAUUGACGCCCGUGCAGUACAUUUGCCGAGUGGCACCUUCUUUCAAUUUAUGUUUUAUUUUGCUAUGGUGGUGGUUCUUUAUUUGCUGGUUGCCUUUUCUCACACAUCUUUCUCUCUCUCUCUCCUUCCUUCUGCUUUUUGUUUUUCUGCCCAGAAAAACCUGACUUCGAUACCAAAAAAGAUGAAACUACAGAAACUCAAAUUUAAAAAAAACUUUAAAAAAAACAAAAAAAUACUCAACGAUUCUUUCAGCUUUAUUAACAUUUUCCAUUGUUUCUUGCGACUUGUGUCUCGUUCUUUGUAGUAUUGAUGAUGAACAUUUGAUAAUGAAUGUUCUUGUAUAUUCAGAUAAAGAAAAAAAAA